CAGAAAGAACAGUCAAAAUGCAGACAGGGGACAGGACAAAGCAGUAGGGACAAAAUGUAUGUGAAAAUUACAUUUUUUUUAAAUUUUCAAAUUUCCCGCCGGCGGCGGCGCCCAUGCGUCCCGACGUCACAGGGACUGGAACACAGAAGCCGGAUGCCGCCAUCAGCCGGAGGAGAUGGCCGGGGACGCUGCAGGGGACACAUCGCGGGAGCGAAGCAUAAGGUAAGCUCUGCAGGGACUCCCUAUGCAGCGCCGCAUGGUAAGCCCGAGUGUAGCUCGAGGGUUACCGCUUUUGGUACAGAA